GCGGACGGCGGCGACAUGCCCGAGCCGGUGGUGACUGCGCUCCUGGCGCCCUCGCGCCUCUCGCUGAAACUGCUGCGCGCUUUGAUGUGGAGCCUGGUGUACCUGGGGGCUCUGAUGGCCGCGGCCGUGUACAGCUGCAUAGCGCUGACCCACGUGCUGUGCCGGCCCCGGCGCGGCUGCCUCGGGCGCCCCCGGUGCGCUGUCCCCGCCUGCCUGAGUGACCCCUCUCUGGGCGAGCAUGACUUCCUGACCCUCAAGAGUUCCGGCCUACGUCUGCACUAUGUCUCCGCGGGUCGUGGGAACGGGCCCCUCAUGCUGUUUCUGCACGGCUUCCCCGAAAACUGGUUCUCCUGGCAAUACCAGCUCCGGGAGUUCCAGAACCGCUUCCAUGUUGUGGCUGUGGACCUGCGUGGCUACUGGCCCUCAGAUGCCCCUCGAAACGUAGACUGCUACACCAUCGACCUGCUGAUGACGGAUGUCCAAGAUGUCAUCACGGGCCUGGGUUACUCCAAGUGCAUCCUGGUGGGCCACGACUGGGGCGGGCUUCUGGCCUGGAAUUUCUCCAUCUACUACCCAGCCCUGGUGGAACGGCUGGUGGUGGCCUGUGCUGCCCCGAUGUCCGUGUACCAAGACUAUGCCCUUCACCACAUCGGCCAGCUCUUCCGUUCCAACUACAUGUUCCUGUUCCAGCUUCCCUGGCUGCCCGAGAAGCUGCUCUCCAUGUCUGACUUCCAGAUCCUGAAGGACGUCUUCACCAACCGCAAGUCGGGCAUCCCACAGCUGAGCCCCUGUAAACUGGAGGCCUUCAUCUAUCACCUUACCCAGCCAGGCGGCCUCACGGGACCCAUGAAUUACUACCGGAACCUCUUCAGGAAUGUCCCCCUGGAACCUCAGGAGUUGUCCGCACGCACACUGCUGCUGUGGGGGGAGAAAGACAGCUACUUGGAGGCUGGGCUGGUUAACGCCAUCAGUAAGCGCUUCGUUCCAGGCCGGCUGGAGGCCCACAUCCUGCCCACCAGUGGGCACUGGAUCCCCCAGAAGCACUACGAGGAGAUGCACCGGUACAUGUGGGCCUUCCUACAAGACCUGCUGGCCUAGAGGCCCCAGCUUGCCCGACACAGCAGGUGGGCACACAGGAGCACACACCUACAGCGUGCCUCUGCACAUGUGCCCAGCAGUACAUGCAGGGGCUUGUGUACAUGUAGGGACACACACCCACUGUCUGUGUGCACCAGGGCAUCCACACAACAUGCGUGAACAUGGACACUCAGGGAGCUACACCUGCUGUGUGCUUAUGUGCGCCGACGAGUGCGGGCCCACAGUGUACACGCGUGCAGACACUCGGGAACGCACAGCUGGGGGUCCCUACACCCUGUGUGCCAGUGUGGACUCCUGAGCUGCACACCAAGGCAUCUGUGCUCACUCCAGCCAGCCGACCGAGAGGCAAAUGUGCGUGAGCUCAGGACACUUCUCCACCGAGACCCAGGAUCCUACUUCUCCCUCCUCAGACACGCCCCUCCUUUCUCCUUGCCAAAGUUGCCCCUAUGACUGUACAAACUCUGAAGGUGGGCCUUCCUGUUCCUGGCUUCCAUCUCCAGUAGUCAAAUCAGCUGCUUCCAUGGAAAUGACAAUCCCAUGAAAGCUCACUUCUGCAGACCCACCAGCCAUAUCAUCAGCCCGGAAAGUUCCAGCGAACGGCACAGCAGAUGGAAUUCCUGGCUCUUCCGGCCAGCGGUGGCCAACCUGCACUCCCUACCCCUCCCGGCUCCUGAUGAGUUCAUCCAGGGCAGCCCCUUGAGGGUAGGCAGACAUGCCCGGACCCCUCUCUCACCACCACCGGCCACCUCCUGUCCUCUUCUCCACAUUAGCUGACUUGCUUUUCUGGGGAGGCCUCCAGCUGCAGCCUCCAAAGAAAUGCAGGUGAGGGGGGUCCAAGUGGAGGCGGAGCCCCAGGCCUCCCCCAGUACUCCGACUGCUAAGAGCACCAGCUGCUUCUCACUCUCCUGGACUUUGGGGGCAGCAGGUCCCCGGGCCGCACGAAUGGCAUGUACUUAACUAUUCAUCUAGAGGUUAGCAGUUUGUACCCAAUGGGCAGCAGUGCCAGAGAGUGGCCUGGAAGAACACAGCCAAGAAAACCCUGUGGAGAGUUCUACUCUGGGAGGCCUGCCACCAGGAGUCAGGCUCCUCCCCACCGCAAAUGGCUUUAUUUUUGUUUCUGUCACCGCUCAUCACCUGCACACAAGGACUGUGUGUGGCCCUCUCUUGGGGCCCAGGGGACCUCAAGAAUACAUUCUCCCCUUUGGGGCAUGGGCCUGCCUGCUGGUCACUGCCAUUCCAACCCAUCCCCAUCCCUACCCUCGCCCAUCACCAAUAUAAUAUCCAUUCACGA